CUACUUUCUUUUUUGACUUGGAAAAAGAAUACGAGACGAAGCUUCGACGACUUUUUUGUUCUGCUUUCGAUUCCGCUUUCUGAAUACGCGGAAUUUAGAAGAUUUUCCGACGGCCGACGGGAUCCUCGCGGCAAAUCUCGGGAAACCCAAAAAGAAACCAAAACUUAAUUCUUCUUCUAAUCUUAUCCCCAUAUAUACUAAUACUAUAUUUUUGCAGUUUGAUUCAGCUGGGGGUAAUUGAAUUAGAAUGGGAACUCCCCAAUUCCCUGAUCUUGGAAAGCAUUGCUCCGUCGAAGAUUGUAAACAGAUCGACUUCUUGCCUUUCACUUGCGAUCGUUGCCACCUGGUAUAUUGCCUGGAACAUAGAAGCUACAUUAAACAUCACUGUCCAAAAGCUGAUAAAAAAGACGUUACCGUUGUCAUUUGUCCGUUAUGUGCUAAAGGAGUUCGCCUGAUUCCAGAUGAAGAUCCAAACAUCACCUGGGAAAUGCAUGUUAAUACUGAAUGUGAUCCUUCAAAUUAUGACAAAGUCACAAAGAAGAAAAAAUGUCCAGUUCCAGGCUGCAGGGAAGUUUUAACAUUCUCAAACACAAUCAAAUGUAGGGACUGUACUCUAGACCACUGCUUAAAGCACCGUUUUGGGCCAGAUCACAAAUGUCCCGGACCUAAGAAAUCCGACCCAGGUUUUCCAUUUAUGGGUCUUUUAAGCAGGAGUAGAAAAGAAUCGAAAACCAACCAAGCUCCUGCAACAUCUUCAUCCAAGUGGGCUACAAGUUUUCUUAAUGCAGCUUCUACUGUUCGAGCCUCAGCUGAAGCAGGUAUGACCAAAUUGGGCAGUGAAAUAAGUCAAAAGUUGCAAAUUGCAAGGGACGGAGUUGGGCUGAGCAGCAGCGGUGGCGGCAGCAAUGGGAAUGCAGGGCAAGUAGAGGAGUGCCCACAAUGUGGAGCGAAGUUUUCCUCAGUUACAACAUUGGUGGACCAUGUGGAGAAGGUACAUGAAAGGAACAACCAAUCUCGAGUUUUUAAGAUGUCGAUCGAUGUCUGCCCCAAGUGUAGUAAAGGGUUUCGUGAUCCAGUUGCGCUUGUAGAGCAUGUUGAAAGGGAUCACGGUGGCACUUCGAAAGCUUAAGGACGGUUCAACUGCAAACUGUAAACAGCAUAUUGCUGGAGAUGUAAUUGUAUCAUCUUGUGUUGCUUGAAUUUUUUAUACCUCAAAAUUAAAUGGAAACUGGUAAGCUGCUCUUGAGAACUCAA